AUGGCGGAUAUAAACGAUUUAUUUGCCUGCUUUGACGAACCGCCUUCGAGUGAAGUGACAGGGCUUUUACCGCUACCUGAAAAUGUGACCAAUUCAUCUGCUGAAGACGACAUCAAAUCUAAGAAACGACCCCAUGAUGAAGUUGAAUAUGCCAACACAGAAAUUAAACCAGAAGAUAAUAAAAAGCAAAAAACUGAUGAAGAUGAAUCAGAUUUACUAGAAGAUCUUCACUUAGACAUAAAGAACUCAAGAAUAGUGAUACACACACUUGAAACUCAUGAGGGUUGUACACAUGAAGUUGCAAUUCCACCCAACCAUCAGUACACCCCUUUACAACCAAUGUCUGAAACCCCAGCUAAACAGUAUACUUUCAUUUUGGAUCCAUUUCAAAAGGAGGCGAUUAUGUGCAUAGAUAAUGUACAGUCAGUUUUAGUGUCGGCCCACACUUCUGCAGGAAAAACUGUGGUGGCAGAGUAUGCUAUAGCUUUGUCACUAAAAAAACAACAGAGAGUUAUAUAUACUACACCAAUCAAAGCCCUCUCAAAUCAGAAGUACAGAGAAUUUUCAGAGGAAUUCAAAGACGUUGGUUUAAUUACUGGAGAUGUGACAAUUAAUCCCACAGCUUCGUGCCUCAUAAUGACAACGGAGAUUUUAAGGAACAUGUUAUAUAGAGGAUCAGAAAUCAUGCGUGAAGUUGGAUGGGUUGUAUUUGAUGAAAUCCAUUACAUGAGAGAUAAGGAGAGGGGUGUAGUAUGGGAAGAAACUCUAAUUCUACUGCCUGACAAUGUCCACUACGUAUUCUUAUCAGCUACAAUUCCAAACGCCCGUCAGUUUGCAGAAUGGGUUUGUCGACUUCAUUCACAGCCUUGCCAUGUGGUUUACACUGAGUACCGACCCACACCUUUACAACAUUACAUUUUCCCUGCUGGGGGCGAUGGUAUACAUUUAGUUGUAGAUGAGAAGGGUCAGUUUAAAGAAGAUAACUUCAACACAGCAAUGGCAGUUCUAAGCAACGCCGGUGAAGCGGCAAAAGGUGACCAACGGGGUCGUAAAGGUGGUCCCAGAGGAAAUAAUAACACAAACAUUUUUAACAUAGUUAAAAUGAUCAUGGAAAGGAACUUUGCACCGGUUAUUAUAUUCAGCUUCAGUAAGAAAGACUGUGAGCUUUAUGCUAUGCAGAUGGCAAAAUUAGAUUUUAAUACUAUCGAAGAAAAGAAACUUGUAGAUGAAGUGUUCAACAACGCAAUGGAUGUACUUUCCGAAGAAGAUCGAAAAUUGCCCCAGGUCGAAAAUGUGAUCCCACUUCUGAGACGUGGUAUUGGUAUCCAUCAUGGUGGUCUUCUACCAAUACUUAAAGAAACCAUUGAGAUUCUCUUUGGUUUGGGACUUAUUAAGGCUCUCUUUGCCACGGAAACAUUCGCUAUGGGACUUAACAUGCCUGCAAGAACUGUUGUGUUUACUAAUUGUCAGAAAUUCGAUGGCAGAGAUUUUAGAUUUAUUACCUCAGGAGAGUACAUUCAAAUGUCCGGUCGUGCAGGUCGGCGUGGUCUCGAUGACAAGGGAAUAGUUAUCCUAAUGAUAGACCAAAAAGUGGCUCCCAACACUGUCAAGAGUAUGGUGCAAGGAAAAGCAGAUCCUAUUAAUUCGGCAUUCCAUCUAACUUACAACAUGGUAUUGAAUUUGAUGCGAGUUGAAGAAAUUAAUCCCGAAUACAUGCUUGAGAGAAGUUUCUUCCAAUUUCAAAAUCAGGCUGCUAUUCCAGAUAUUAUAGAGAAGGUGCAAAACAAACAAAAGGAAUACGACGCAUUGACUAUAGAGCAAGAACACUCCAUAGGAUCGUAUUGUGCACUUCGAUCACAGCUUGACCUUCUCGGUGCACAGUUUCGAUCAUUUAUCACACGCCCAGAGUACCUCAAACCAUUCUUGCAGCCCGGACGGCUUGUUAAGAUCAAAACAGAGAAGUAUGAAUACGACUGGGGCAUCAUAGUGAACUUCCGUCAUAAAACUGGUAAGGGCAAGAAGGGGAAAGAAGAAAACCCGCUCACAGCAGACACAGUGAUCAUGGUGGAUACGCUGUUACAUGUUAAGAAAGCGACUGAAGAUGACGUGGAUGUCAAUGUACCUUGUCCCUCUGGUGAAAAAGGCGAUGUAGAAGUUGUCCCAGUAAUACACACGUUAAUCAAUCAGAUCAGUUCACUUCGGGUGUACUAUCCUAAAGACUUAAGACCAGCGGAUAAUAGAAAAUCAGUUCUCAAGACAAUCAAUGAGGUGAAAAAACGAUUUCCAGAUGGACCACCUCUAUUGAAUCCUAUAAAGGACAUGAAAAUUGACGACCCAGUGUUCAAGGAAUGUGUGGACAAAAUCAAAAUAUUGGAAGAAAGAUUAUAUGCUCACCCAUUACACAAAGAUAAGAAUCGAGGUGCCUUAACAGCCGCAUAUGAGAAGAAACAAGAGGUAUAUGAAGAUUUGAAGCAAGCGAAACAAGAACUAAGGAAAGCGAAGAGUAUUCUACAAAUGGACGAGCUGAAGAAGCGGAAACGUGUUUUAAGAAGAAUGGGAUAUUGCACUAUGGCGGAUGUCAUUGAGUUGAAGGGACGGAUCGCGUGUGAGUUGAGUAGCGCUGACGAGCUGCUACUAACGGAGUUGAUAUUCAAUGGAGUGUUCAACAAUCUAACGCCAGAGCAGUGUGCCGCGCUGGUGAGCUGUUUCGUCUGUGACGAGAACUCUUCACAGGCGUCCGCGACAGGAGAGGAACUGCGGGGGGUGCUUAGACAAUUACAGGAAUUCGCAAGACGCAUAGCCAAGAUAUCGAUAGAUGCAAACAUGGAUAUUAAUGAGGACGACUAUGUGGGCAAGUUCAAGUGCACCAUUAUGGACGUGGUGUUCGCUUGGGCGCAAGGAGCCAAUUUCCUGCAGAUCUGCCAGAUGACUGACGUAUUUGAAGGCUCGAUAAUCCGUUGCAUGCGUCGCUUGGAAGAGGUUCUGCGUCAGUUGUGCCAAGCAGCCAAGAACAUCGGAAACACAGACUUGGAGCAAAAGUUCAGUGACGGCAUCAGAUUGCUCAAACGUGACAUCAUCUUCGCCGCCAGUCUUUACAUGUAA